CUCACACUGGACCUAAACACAGUAAACAGAAACCUCUCUCUGUCUGAGGAGAACAGAAAGGUGACAAGGAGGAGAGAGGAGCAGCCGUAUCCUGAUCACCCAGAGAGAUUUGAGGUCUGGCCACAGGUGUUGUGUAGAGAGGGUCUGUCUGGACGCUGUUACUGGGAGGUAGAGUGGAGUGGGGGAGGGGCUGUGAUAGGAGUGACAUAUAAAGGAAUCAACAGGAGAGGAGGUGUUGACUGUUGGUUUGGAUACAAUGACACGUCUUGGUGUCUAUACUGUUAUGAUGAACGUUACGCUGUCAGACACAAUAAUAAGAGAACUGUCCUACCUGUCACCUCCUCAGACUCCCACAGAGUAGGAGUGUAUCUGGACUGGCCAGCUGACACUCUGUCCUUCUACAGGGUCUCCUCUGACACACUGACCCACCUGUACACAUUCAACACCACAUUCACUGAGCCCCUCUAUCCAGGGUUUAGGGUUCAUGAAUCCUCAGUCUCUCUGUGUCAGAUGGUCCCUGUGUCAAACACACCUUGAUGUUUCACUUUAAUCAUGGUCAUGAUCAGUAGGACUCAACAAAGUAAAACGCUGACAAUAACUCACUAGUAGUGAGUACAUACAGUGUCUCACAAAAGUGAGUACACCCCUCACAGUUCACUAAAUAUUUAUUAUAUCUUUUCAUGUGACAAC